UCAGGACUACACAAACUUGAAAGCAUGAGCAAACGCAUCAGUUACAUGUAAACCACCAACUUACAGCAACAAGCCAGAUCUAAUCAGUGUUGAUCAUCAGGAUUGAAUAUCACAUGGGACAACAUCUCACACAUCAUAAAUACCACACCAGGGUUUCUGAGUUGUGUGUGUUUAAUGGAUGUACAGAGAUACCGUGAACAAAGACUAUACACCUUUAGCAGGAGAAGUGGAACAAUUUGUACACAUGUUUGUUUUAACACUAUAAUCAUCAUCCAGUACUCAGGAUUACAAAAGUUAUUGUUGUAUGAAAACAAUAAAACACAUGAGGGGUUGUGUUCAAGAACAGCCCAAGCAUCUCUCUCAUCCAGCCAGAUGCUAAUUACAGAUUUCCUCAACAACCUAUCUUCAUAAUCUGAUCAACGCACUGCAUCAGGAUUGAGGUGUAAAUUUUUGCAAGAGUUGAAAAUUCACCCUGACAAAAUGGAUCAGUCCAUGGACAGUGGCGAACUGGGGUCUGGGUCCCUGACUUCCUCAAGCCCGCCAUUAAGUACGCCCUCCCAACAACUGGACAGACUGAGACCUGUCGCUGACUACAGUGCAUCUUUACUCCACUUGGACGAUACUACACCCCACGAUAACAACAAUGUUGGUAUUAAAACUAAACGAUCAUCUAGUCUUGGUCUCAAAAGUUCAUCGGACUAUCAGUUACACAUUGAAUCUAAACCAAGGAGAGCAUCACAACAAGACUUUGAAAACAAUGUGAUGCCUUUAUCUGGUAGUCAAAGCUUAAUCAACUUUGAUACAGGCAACAUCUUGAAGUCAUCGUACAACCUGACAACAUCACAAUCUCAAGGUCUUCCCACAGGAAGGCAUCUCGAAGGACUUUCUGACCUGAAUCCUGAAUUCAAUGGAAACGAUGGAACCACAGACCCCAACAACAAUGAAACUACAAGUGAGUGGCAAUAUCUUGCAACACAGAGAAAACCACCCAGUCUGCAUCCCAUUCCAAGAAAAAGCCCUUAUCCGCCGUGGCGGUUCAGUCAAUCCAGACAGCCUCCAGAGACAGCGCUAGACAUUGCAUUCAGGACAAUGCUCGACUAUAAACAACCCAUGACCCUACACAGACCCUCGAAAGCAGACCGUCGGAUGGUACACUACGACUACCUACCCAGUAUUAAAGUCAUCUCCAGCAAGGAUCAACAACGACGCAAUGAGAAUCGCAAUGAGCUCAAGCAACAACUGCAGCUUGCAGAGGAGCGUAAGCGACGAGAGAUCCUGGAAAUGGAGUCUGACUUCUUCCAAGAAGACGACAGAGAUGACCCCCUGCAGAAGAACAUCUUCCUCCCAUCUGGAGAAGAGUAUGAAUUCUCUGAGGGUGGACUUCCAGCUGCUACUCUUCCUGUACCAUCCCAAAGAAAAGAAAGAUCUUCAAGUCGCCAAUCGUCUCUGAACGGUUCUUAUGAUGGGCGGAGACAGAGUAACGCUUCCCAUGAAAGUCGAAGGCCGAGCUUCGCAUCCCAUGAUGGUCGAAGGCCGAGUGAUGUUUCAAUCGAUAGCAGGCGGCCUAGUAAUGUAUCCCUUAAUGUCAAUGGAGCUUCGUAUUCAGGUAACUCCACCCUAGGAUCUAAGCGUCGACACUCUGUGAAUACCAUGGUCAGGAGAGAGAAACUAUUUACGGUGGUGAGCCACUGGCCAGGUCUGCAGAAGCCAUCAACCUUCUUCCAGACGCCUCUUGAUGAGCCCCCAAAUGAAUUUGAUUCUCCUUUCGAGGAGCCAAGACCACCAAGUGCUCAGAGCAAAAGAUCUCUGCCAAACAGUAAAACCAUGCAAAAGAGAACAAAAUCUAAAGGACUCCCAUAAGCAUAGUCUUCUGACUGAUAGAAGACAACGUUUAAAGGCACUGUAUGGACACCUUUGGUAAUUGUCAAAGACCUGUAUUCUCACUUGGUGUAUC